AUGGUCGAAAAACGGCCAAGGAAGCCAAAUACAAAAUUCCAAGACUCAUGCUUGCGCAUUGAUGAGGAGGGAAGGGUCCAAUACUUAGAAGAUGGUUGGAUUCAACUGCACUGGGAUGAAACCCAGGAAAUGAGCCCGGAAGUGAUGAAGCUGCUGUUUUUUGGGAGUAAAAUACGGCUAAUCUGGGUGGCUUGCCCUCGACCCGAACCUGUUUUGCCGUGGCUUCAAGGAAUUGCGGCAGAGACCACCAUAUUCGACAUGGAAAACCUGUCAUGGCUACAAGCUCUAAAACCGGACGAAGAAAAAUACGAGAAGCUGGAGUUUCGAGACGUCCCAAAGAGCGCUGAAAUUCGUGAA